AUGGUGCUCGGCGAGCUCGGCACCGCGCUCGCGGGCGCGCUGAAAAAGCUCGGCGAGCACACGGUCGUGGACGAGGAGAUCAUGGAAGCGUGCCUGAAGGAGGUCACGAGGGCGCUGCUCCAGGCGGACGUCAACGUGCAGUACGUGAAAAACAUCGUCAAGCGCGUCAACAUCAACGAGCUCGCCGCGGGGCUGAACGCGCGGAAGCUGCUCGAGAAGGCGGUGUUCACGGAGCUGGUAAACAUGCUCGAGGGAGAGGGCGCUCAAAACGCUCAAAACGAAGGCGUUACUACGAAGAGGGAGAAGUACGCGCCUAAGAAGGGCGUCCCGAACGUCGUCAUGUUCGUCGGGCUGCAGGGAUGCGGCAAGACGACGACGUGCACCAAGUACGCGCAUCACUACCAGAAGAAAGGUUUCAAGCCCGCGCUCGUGUGCGCAGACACUUUCCGCGCGGGGGCGUUCGAUCAGCUGAAGCAGAACGCGACGAAAGCGCGGAUACCGUUUUACGGAUCGUACACGGAGACGGAUCCGGCGAAGAUCGCGAGCGACGGCGUCGAACGGUUCAAGGCGGAGAAGAACGAUCUCAUCAUCGUCGACACCUCCGGGCGGCAUAAGCAAGAGUCCGCGCUGUUCGAGGAGAUGCGCGCGGUCGCCGAGGCGGUCAACCCGGACAUGACCAUCUUCGUCAUGGACUCCUCGAUCGGCCAGGCCGCGUCCGAUCAGGCCGCCGCGUUUAAGAACACCGUGGACGUCGGCUCCGUCGUCGUCACCAAGUUGGACGGUCACGCCAAGGGCGGCGGCGCCAUCUCCGCGGUGGCCGCGACGCGCGCGCCGAUCGUCUUCAUAGGCACGGGCGAGCACAUCGACGAGUUCGAGGCGUUCGACGCGAAGCCGUUCGUGUCGAGACUACUCGGCUUGGGCGAUUGGACCGGCUUCAUAGACAAGAUCGCCGACGUCAUCCCCGCGGAUCAGCAGCCUGAGCUGUUGGAUAAGCUCGCGCAAGGGCAGUUCACGAUGCGCAUCCUGUACGAGCAGUUCGCGAACAUCCAGAAGAUGGGGCCGAUGUCCGCGGUGAUGUCUAUGAUCCCCGGGUUCGGUAACGACGUCAUGCCGAAGGGUCAAGAGAAGCAAUCGCAGGCGAAGAUAAAGAGGAUGAUGUGCAUGAUGGACUCGAUGACGGACGAGGAGCUGGACACGACGUCGCUGAAGCUGCUUCAAGACCCGAAGCGCAUGGAGCGCAUCGGACGAGGCGCGGGGCGGUCGCCGAUGGACGUCGUAGAGUUGAUCGAGGAGUACAAGCGGCUGGCGAAGAUGAUGGGGAAGAUGAAAGGGUUGAAGGCGCCGAAGAAGGGCGGGUACGGCCAGUCGCAGGCGCUGAAUCAGAAUCUGGCGCAGAUGGCGCAGGCGAUACCUCCCGGGAUGCUGAAGCAGAUGGGCGGCAUGGGCGCGCUGCAGGGGAUGAUGAAGCAGCUCGAGGGGAAGGAUAUGGGGGAGAUGGAGAAGAUGAUGGGGAAGAUGAUGGGGGGCGGGGGGAGGAGGUAG